CUAACCAGCUCAGCAACGGCUCCGGUACAUAAGGUUACAAGCUGGGGACUACACCCCGGUCAUGAGGAGCGAGCGGGAGACGCCGCCGGCCGUGCUGAGGGGAAACGGUCGAGAUGUGGAACGGAGCGGGACGGCGACCACCGUGAAAGAACGGAAGGCGACUCUGAGCAAGGUGGUAAUACGUCGUCUUCCGCCAAGCAUAAGUAAAGAGCAACUGGAGGAGCAACUGCAUCCGUUACCAGCUUAUGAUUACUUUGAAUUCUGCUCUGCUGAUCCCAGCCUCUACCCGCAUCUCUUCUCAAGAGCCUACAUUAACUUUAGAAACCCAGACGACAUCAUUCUCUUCAGAGACCGAUUUGAUGGAUUUAUCUUCAUUGACAGCAAAGGCCAGGAGUAUCCAGCUGUUGUUGAAUUCGCACCCUUUCAGAAAAUUUCUAAAAAGAAACUGAAGAAAAGGGACACAAAAGCUGGAAGCAUAGCAGAUGAUUUGGAAUACAAGAAAUUUUUGGAGAACUACUGUGCAGAGGAGGAAAAAAUAUGUGCAAAUCCAGAGACCCUCUUGGGAGAAAUUGAAGCAAAAACUAAGGAGCUCAUUGCUAGAAGAACAACUCCACUUCUUGAAUUCAUCAAAAAUCGGAAGUUAGAGAAACAGAGAAUACGGGAAGAAAAGAGGGAAGAGAGGAGGAGGCGGGAGCUGGAAAAAAAGCGAUUGAGAGAGGAAGAAAAAAGAAAAAGGCGAGAAGAAGAAAGGCGUAAACGGAAAGAAGCAGACAAGCAAAAGAAGUUGUGUGAAAAAGAAAUACGGAUUAAGCUCCUAAAAAAAUCUGAAAAGGGAGAUGAAAUCAUCAGUGAGAAACAAAAGGAGAAAGUGGAUGAAAUUGACCAUGAAGACUCUAAAUGGGAAAAAUCAUCUGGGAAUAAUAAAGCGAGAACAUUUGAAAACUUUGUGAAGGAACUUAAGGAAACGACACAGAAUGAUAGUGACAAGGAGCAAAGAGAAAUUGAAAAGAGAUACAGAGAUAAAGAUCAAGAUCGACAAAGGUAUCAUCGAAUGGAUGAUGGCAGAAAAGCAAGAAACAACUAUGAGUUUGACAAGUUUCUUAGAAGGAAUGAAGAUGACCAGAAAUGGGGAAAAGGAUUCAGCCAAGAUCGGGCCAAGAAAGGGAGCCACAACAACAGCUAUGCAGCGGAUGCUGUAGACAAACUGGGUAAAGAGGACAAGUGUGAUGACAUGGCAUCCAAAAAGGAGCGCAUAAGAAAUAAGGAUCGCCCGGCCAUGCAGCUGUACCAGCCAGGAGCUCGCAGUCGCAUAACUACAGGAUUUACAAAUAAAUAUGUGGAGGAUCCGUCUUACAUGAAGAAUGAUGCAGACAACAUAUCUGGAAGAAGCUCAGAGAAGAGUGAAGAUGCUGGAUAA